AUGGUGCAGCGCAUGUGGGCCGAGGCGGCCGGGCCUGCGGGCGGCGCCGAGCCGCUGUUUCCGGGCUCCCGGCGGAGCCGCAGCGUGUGGGACGCAGUGCGCCUGGAGGUGGGCGGCCCCGACAGCUGCCCGGUGGUGCUGCACAGUUUCACGCAGCUCGAUCCCGACCUGCCGCGUCUGGAGAGCUCCACGCAGGAGAUUGGCGAGGAGCUGGUCAACGGCGUCAUCUACUCCAUCUCCCUACGCAAGGUUCAGGUGCACCAUGGCGCCAACAAGGGCCAGCGCUGGCUCGGGUAUGAAAAUGAGUCGGCCCUGAACCUGUACGAGACCUGCAAGGUGCGGACCGUGAAGGCAGGCACGCUAGAGAAGCUGGUGGAGCACCUGGUGCCCGCCUUCCAGGGCAGCGACCUCUCCUAUGUCACCAUCUUCCUGUGCACCUACCGAGCCUUCACCACCACCCAGCGGGUCCUGGACCUGCUGUUCCAAAGAUACGGGUGCAUCCUCCCUUAUUCCAGCGAGGACGGCGGACCUCAGGACCAACUGAAAAAUGCCGUCUCCUCCAUCCUGGGCACCUGGCUGGACCAGUACUCCGAGGACUUCUGUCAGCCCCCGGACUUCCCCUGCCUCAAGCAGCUGGUGGCCUACGUGCAGCUCAACAUGCCCGGCUCUGACCUGGAGCGCCGGGCCCACCUUCUCCUGGCCCAGCUGGAGCACACAGAGCUCACCAAGGCAGAGCCGGAGGCUCUGGCUCCAGCUCUGAAGCCAACUGCAGCCCUCGAGCCAGUGCCGGCUCCAGCUCUAGCACCCAGGCCGGUGCCAGGUCCAGACCUCGAGCCAGCUCUGGCACCAGCACCAUCUCCAGCCCCAGAGCCUUCCUGGCCUUCACCUGUGGCUGCAGAGAACGGGCUGGGUGAAGAGAAGCCUCACCUCCUGGCGUUCCCGCCCGACCUGGUGGCAGAGCAGUUCACGCUGAUGGACGCGGAGCUGUUCAAGAAGGUGGUGCCCUACCACUGCCUGGGCUCCAUCUGGUCCCAGCGGGACAAGAGGGGCAAGGAACACCUGGCUCCCACCGUCCGUGCCACCGUCGCCCAGUUCAACAGUGUGGCCAACUGCGUCAUCACCACCUGCCUCGGGGACCGGAGCGUGACGGCCCGCGCCAGGGCCCGGGUGUUGGAGCACUGGAUCGAGGUGGCCCGGGAGUGCCGGGUCCUCAAGAACUUCUCGUCCCUCUACGCCGUCCUCUCUGCUCUGCAGAGCAACUCCAUCCACCGGCUGAAGAAGACGUGGGAGGAAGUCUCCAGGGACAGCCUCCGCAUCUUUCAGAAGCUGUCGGAGAUUUUCUCAGAUGAGAACAACUACUCCCUAAGCAGAGAGCUGCUCAUCAAGGAGGGGACCUCCAAGUUUGCCACCCUGGAGAUGAACCCCAAGAGAGCCCAGAGGCGGCCGAAGGAGGUGGGUGUCAUCCAGGGCACCGUCCCCUACCUGGGCACGUUCCUCACAGACCUGGUGAUGCUGGACACUGCAAUGAAGGACUAUCUGUAUGGGAGACUGAUCAACUUUGAGAAGAGGAGGAAGGAAUUCGAAGUGAUCGCCCAGAUCAAGCUGCUCCAGUCGGCCUGCAACAAUUACAGCAUCGCACCCGAAGAGCACUUUGGGGCCUGGUUCCGGGCUAUGGAGCGGCUCAGCGAGUCUGACAGCUACACCUUGUCGUGUGAGCUGGAGCCCCCUUCCGAGUCGGCCAGCAGCACCCUCAAGGUCAAGAAGAACACGGCCAUCGUCAAGCGCUGGAGCGACCGCCAGGCCCCCAGCACGGAGCUCAGUACCGGCAGCAGCUGCCACUCCAAGUCCUGUGACCAGCUCAGGUGCGGCCCCUACCUCAGCAGCGGGGACGUUGCCGACGCACUGAGUGUCCACUCGGCCGGCUCCUCCAGCUCCGAUGUGGAGGAGUUCACCAUGAGCUUUGUCCCAGAGUCCCCUGACGGCCAGGGCAAGAAGUUCUGGGAGUGCACCUCCCAGUCGUCCCCGGAGACCUCCGGCAUCAGCUCGGCCUCCAGCAGCACCUCGUCCUCCUCAGCCUCCACCACGCCCGUGGCCACCACACGCACCCACAAGCGCUCCGUGUCAGGGGUCUGCAGCUACAGCUCCUCCCUGCCCCUCUACAACCAGCAGGUGGGCGACUGCUGCAUCAUCCGGGUGAGCCUGGACGUGGACAACGGCAACCUGUACAAGAGCAUCCUGGUGACCAGCCAAGACAAGGCUCCAGCUGUAAUCCGCAAAGCCAUGGACAAACACAACCUGGAUGACGAUGAGCCAGAAGACUACGAGCUGGUGCAGGUUAUUUCGGACGAUCGAAAGCUGAAGAUCCCUGACAACGCCAAUGUGUUCUACGCCAUGAACUCUACUGCCAACUAUGACUUUGUCCUAAAGAAACGGACCUUCACCAAGGGGGCAAAGGUCAGGCAUGGAGCCAGCUCUACCCUCCCCCGCAUGAAGCAGAAGGGACUCAAGAUUGCCAAGGGCAUCUUCUAACUUGUCCCUAGCUGGCCAGCCACAGAGCUGCCCUUCCCAGGGUCUAGCUGGCUGGGCAACUAAGCACUUACAGACUACAGUGG